GAUCAAGAUUAGAUGAAAGUGUAGAAUAUCAUUUUUUCCAUAUGUAAGUAACAUUUCUCUUGAUGUUUUAGUGUUUAUGUUGCCCUGAAGAAAAAAAAGAGACUAGGAUUAACUUGCAGUGAAGUUUUUACCUUCAAAUUUUGUCCAUGGCGAAGAUAGCGAAAGAAGAAGAUGUUGUGGGUCUGUUUCGAAAUAUCAUGAGACCUCGGCAACUUCGAUCUGAAGACAUAAAGAACGGCAGGGAAAAAAUACACAUUCACGGUCGAGGGGAAUAUUCUUGCGAAAACUGUAAACACUCUUGGUUUUCGUAUUUUUCCUGGAUAACUGUUGAUUUAAUAGAAAAGAGAAUUUGCAAGAGAUGGAUGAUGAAAUGCAUGCAUUGUUUGCAACCUGAAAAACCUCAUUUCGAACUGGAGCACAUCGAGUACAUGAUAAAGACUGCCGUAGAUAUAUAUAAAGGUGAAUAUGUCAGCAAAAAGAGGCCUUACCAGCAUCCUGGACAGCGACGACCUCCCCAUCUUCCUGAUUUGUGUGAAAAAUGCAAGUGGGGUGAAGAGAGAUGCUGGGAGUACAAAUAUAGGUGUCAGUGAUUUCUAUUUAUGUAUUUAUUUUUAAACAAUUUCAUCUUCAAACUGAUAUAAGCGGAAAAAAUGGUUCACAUAUCUUUUUUUUAAAAUAUUCCUUAAUGCAAUAAUAUAUAUUAAUAAUUUUUUAUUUGAUGAGCAUUCCAUUUUCAUGGUCAUUAUGAAGUCAUUUGAAUGUAAGAUGUUAACAAGUUGUCUUUUUUUUGUAUAAUGAGAUACAUUAUCCAUAUAUAUUUUAGCCAUUUAUAUUAUAUUUGUAUAUACCACAAUAAUCCAA